UCCACCGAAAAUUAGGGCACUUCCUCUCUCUCCCACAAAGCUCGCAGUCGCAAACACAUUUGCACGCUCAAAACGCACAACACAUACAAACAGAGAGGACGACUAAUCUAUACUCUGAACAAUUUCCUUUUCCUUUCCUUUCUUUUCCUUGUCCUUUUCUUCUUGUCUCUUUGGUGCUCUGAGGCAGAGAUGAAUGGGGAAGGAGGAGAAGGAGACGAGGGAGUGAAGAUGGAGGUGGAACCAAAGGGGAGAGUGGUCUUCAUGUGGGGGUACCUCCCGGGAGCUUUGCCGCAAAGAGCGCCGCUUUUAUCGCCGGUUAUCGUCGGCCUUCCGGCGUCGAUUGGAGCCUCGUGGAGAGACGUUUGUGGUGGUGGUUGCGGAUUCGCCAUGGCCAUUGCCGAUUCGGGGAAGCUUAUAACAUGGGGUUCAACAGAUGAUCUUGGUCAAAGCUAUGUGACGUCUGGGAAGCAUGGGGAAACUCCAGAGCCUUUCCCUCUUCCUACUGAAGCUUCUAUAGUAAAAGCUGCGGCAGGGUGGGCGCAUUGUGUUGCAGUUACUGACAGAGGAGAGGUUUAUACAUGGGGAUGGAAAGAGUGUAUUCCCUCUGGAAAAGUAUUUGGAGAUCCUUCUGUAGGAGGAAGCCUGGAAAAGGAUAUAUUUGAAAGACAGAGUUCAUUUUUGGCAGAUCAAGCGAGUCCUCGCCCUCAAGGUUCAAGAUCCAGUGGUGCAUCCUUGUCUGGUGUAGACAGUAGAGUGAGUGGAGAAGAAAGCACAAAAAGAAGAAGAGUAUCAUCAGUAAAACAAGCGGCUGAGAGCUCAUCAUCUGGGGAUGAAACUCUGUCAGCUUUGCCUUGUCUUGUAACAUUAAAUCCAGGAGUGAGGAUUGUUACUGUUGCUGCUGGUGGGCGCCAUACUCUUGCACUGUCAGUUUCAGAUAUAGGACAGGUGUGGGGUUGGGGAUAUGGGGGUGAGGGGCAGCUUGGGUUGGGUUCUCGGAUACGAAUGGUGUCCUCUCCUCAUCCAGUGCCUUGUAUUGAAUCUUCCACUUACAUUAAAGAUAGAUCUGUGGCAUUUUCCCGGGGAAGCAUGAGUUCAGAAGGACAGACUUUUAGAGUCCCUGGAAGUUAUGUAAAGGGAAUUGCAUGUGGAGGGCGGCAUAGUGCUGUAAUCACAGAUGCGGGAGUGCUGCUUACAUUUGGUUGGGGACUCUAUGGACAGUGUGGGCAAGGGAGUACAGAUGACGAAUUAAGUCCGACUUGUGCAUCUUCAUUACUGGGCAUCAGGAUACAGGGAGUUGCUGCAGGACUAUGGCACACUGUUUGCCUUUCUGCUGAUGGUGAUGUGUAUGCUUUUGGAGGAAAUCAGUUUGGGCAGUUGGGAGUUGGCAGUGAUCAAGCAGAGACUCUUCCCAGGCUUUUGGAGUCCCCAAGUUUGGAGAGUUCGCACGUAAAAAUUGUCUCUUGUGGGGCACGUCACAGUGCGGUUGUCACUGAUGAUGGGAAAGUGUUUUGCUGGGGAUGGAACAAAUACGGUCAGCUUGGUUUGGGAGAUGUUAUUGAUCGCAACAUUCCAUCUCAAGUUACCAUCGAGGGUUUAAUCCCUAAAAGCGUUGCAUGUGGCUGGUGGCAUACAUUGCUUCUGGCUGAAUCGCCCACUUGAGUGCCGUACUUCUCCAUGCCUUGGCACAAUUUUGAUAGCUUAGCAGGUGCAUUUUAUCUUCAGCAGUAUAAGUCAUAUGUAUAUGUACAUACAAUAGCCAGUAUGCUUACAUGUGUGCAUGCUCCCCAUUCUUUCACGGCUGAAGUUACUGUAAUAAGCCCAUCCACUAACACCAUUAUGAUUAUCUUCCAAUAUGUAGAAAUGCUUUGUGUAUAUUUUGUGUUAGAUGUAUAAUUGGAACUGGGUGAUUGAGUAUUGUAAUCUGAUACCUUCAAGUAGUUAGUUGGCCA